AUGCAGAUAUAUGAAGCAUGCAUCAUCUCUUGCUUAACUUCAGCAAUCUCAUUUGGUCUUCCACUCCUAAGGAAAUGCAGUCCAUGCCCUGAAACAGUUCCUGACUCUGGUAUUGAAUGUCCACGGCCUCCUGGAAUGUAUGGGAAUUACGUAAAUUUCUACUGCAAAACGGAUAACGAAUACAAUGAUCUCGCCACAAUUUUCUUCAAUACUCAGGAUGAUGCUAUAAGGAAUUUGUUCAGCGCAAAGACAAUGCGAGAAUUCAGUGCUCAGAGUCUACUGACAUUUUUGGCUAUGUUUUAUACAUUAGCAGUGGUGACAUUUGGCACUGCUGUUCCCGCUGGCCAGUUUGUCCCUGGAAUAAUGAUAGGAUCAACUUAUGGGCGCCUUGUAGGCAUGUUUGUAGUCAGGUUUUACAAGAAGCUCAACAUUGAAGAGGGAACUUAUGCUUUACUGGGAGCUGCUUCGUUUCUUGGAGGCUCGAUGCGGAUGACUGUAUCUUUAUGUGUUAUUAUGGUUGAAAUCACAAACAACCUGAAACUUCUGCCUCUUAUAAUGUUGGUUCUUCUCGUUUCAAAGGCCGUGGGUGAUGCUUUCAAUGAGGGAUUGUAUGAAGUACAAGCACGCCUUAAGGGUAUUCCGUUACUGGAAUCGAGACCCAAGUAUCAUAUGCGGCAAAUGGUAGCGAAGGAAGCAUGUCAAAGUCAGAAGGUUGUAAUUUCUUUACCUCGAGUUAUCAGGGUUGCAGAUGUCGCUUCAAUUUUGCGCAGCAACAAACACAAUGGAUUUCCUGUUAUUGACCACACGAGAAGUGGGGAAACACUAGUCAUUGGGAUAGUUCUUCGGAGUCACUUGCUUGUUCUCCUUCAAUCGAAGGUAGAUUUUCAACAUAGCCCAUUGCCUUGUGAUCCAAGUGCCAGACCGAUCAGGCACAGAUUUAGCGAGUUUGCUAAACCUGUUUCAUCCAAAGGGUUAUGCAUAGAGGAUAUACAUCUAACUUCAGAUGAUUUAGAUAUGUACAUAGAUCUUGCUCCGUUUUUGAAUCCCUCUCCAUACGUCGUUCCUGAAGACAUGUCGUUGACAAAGGUAUACAACCUUUUCCGGCAACUUGGAUUGAGACAUCUAUUUGUUGUUCCCCGUCCUUCCCGUGUGAUAGGCUUGAUCACAAGAAAGGAUUUACUUAUUGAGGAAAACGGGGAAUCAUCAGCUGUUGAACUCCAACAGUCAACUAGUGUAAGAGGUCGGUACAGUGAGACAGCAACGCGGACGGAGGCUGCACGUCCGCUUCUAGACGAUCUUUUAGGCUAG